AUGGGAUUUUGUCCACAAUUUAAAUAUAGAUAUGGUCAUACUUUUGGUAAAGAAACAUCAGAAAUAGCUAAAAAUCUACCAUAUUAUUUUGGGCCAAGAAUUCAAGGAUCACAUCAUUUUUACCCUGUUACUAGGGAGAAUAAUAAAUUUGAUCCAUUAAGAACUAAGUUUAAUGAUGAUGUUCCUGGAAGAAUGUUACCAAAAUCAACAGGAGAUAAUAAAUAUACAGAAGGAAUGGUACCAGGAUAUUCUGGUAAUAUACCACAAAUGAAUUUUAAAUUUGGUCGAACAUAUCGUAAUCUAUCUGAUGAAUGCGUUGAUCAAUUAGUUAAAGAAUAUAAAUCUUCUGAGUUAAGACAAAACAGAUUGAAAGAAUCAUCCAACUUGAUGACUAAUCUUCAUCCUGUAACAUAUGAUCCUUUAGUUAAGAAUCAUUUAAAUAUAUGGACUGAUGAUAUGGUUAAGAAGAAUUCUGAUGUUCAUUCGUAUAUGAGUUCAACUGAACCACCUAUUCCAGGUUAUAAAGGUUUUAUACCUCGUAUGGAUACAACAGAAAGUGGUUUAGCUAAACGUUUUCAUGAAGCUGCUCAAAGUAGUUUAGAAACAUUUAGAGCUGAAUGA